GCCGAGCCUGCGGGGCCGAGGCCGGAGCUUCGGGGUCGGCAGCGGACAGGGGCGGCGGGACCGCCCGCUCGGUCCACUAUCAGCGGUGUGUACACUUUCCAAGAGCAGCAGAAAAUGAGCAUGGCAAAGGGUCCCCUGUCAUUCCAGGAUGUGGCUGUGGACUUCACACAGGAGGAGUGGCAGCAGCUGGCUUCUGAGGAGAAGACGACGUACAGGGAUGUGAUGCUGGAGAACUACAGCAACCUCGUCUCCGUGGGGUAUGACGUCACCAAGCCAAACGUGAUUGUUAAGUUGGAGCAGGGAGAAGAGCCGUGGACGGCGGAGGGCGACCGCCAUACUCAGAGUCAUUGGGAAACCAGUAAAGCAGUUAACCUCAUAGCAGGAAUCCAACAAAGUGAAGAGAAACAUCUGAAGCAAGUUGAUGAUCUCAACAGCCAACAAGCUGAGAAGGGGGGUGCGUGUGAUAGCACCCGCAGCCUGAAGCCGCACCUCAGCUCCGCAAGCGCUCACGGUUGUGUCUCCUGUGGGAAGCCUCUGGAAUGCACUACAGAACUGAUUAGUAGUGAUGGGAGCUACGCAGCACGAAAGCCCAGCAAGUGCGCCGAGUGUGGGGAAACACGCAGAGGGAAGCCCGACCACUUUAAUCAAGGUGGAGACACCUCUUCCCAGCAGGAUGAGGGUCUUCUGCAGACGGUGGCCAUUUUGGAGAAACCCUUUGAUUACGAGUGCAUGGAGGCCCUGGGCAGGGAGCGCAUCUUCGUGGCUCAGGAGGGCGCUUGUCUGGCAGAGAAGCCCUAUGAGUGGGAUGGCGCUGGACCGGACUUCAUCCCGAUGUCCGAUUUCAGUGCCUAUCAGAGUUCACAACUGGAAAUGAAGCCCUUCGAGUGUGCGCAGUGCGGGAAGUCCUUCUGCAAGAAGUCCAAGUUCAUCAUUCAUCAGCGAGCGCACACGGGCGAGAAGCCUUACGCUUGCAGCGUGUGCGGCAAGGCCUUCAGCCAAAAGGGGACCCUCACCGUCCACCGGAGGUCGCACCUGGAGGAGAAGCCCUACAAGUGCAGCGAGUGCGGGAAGACCUUCUGCCAGAAGCUGCACCUCACGCAGCACCUGAGGACGCACUCGGGCGAGAAGCCCUACGCGUGCGCCGAGUGCGGCAAGACCUUCUGCCAGAAGACGCACCUCACCCUCCACCAGAGGAACCACUCGGGGGAGCGGCCCUACCCGUGCGGCCAGUGCGGCAAGUCCUUCUCCCGCAGGUCCGCCCUCAGCGACCACCAGAGGACGCACACGGGCGAGAAGCUCUUCCGGUGCGGCGAGUGCGGCAAGGCCUACUACCGGAAGUCCACACUCAUCACCCACCAGAGGACGCACACGGGCGAGAAGCCCUACGAGUGCAGCGAGUGCGGCAAGGCCUUCUCGCGGGUGUCCUACCUCAGCGUGCACUACCGGAGCCACCUGGAGGAGAAGCCCUACGAGUGCGCCGACUGCGGGAAGGCCUUCAGCCUCAGCUCGGCCUUCGUCCGGCACCGGCGGGCGCACGCCGAGGGGGAGGCGCGCGCCCCCGAGUGCGCGGGCUGCGGCGGCGGCGGGAAGCCCCUCCUCCAGGGCGCGGCCCCGGGCGCGCACCCCGCCGGGCCCGACGGGGCGAACAUCUACGACUGCAACAUCUGCGGGAGGGCCUUCUCCGACCUGGCCGGCUACACCGUGCACUACCGGGGCCACUCGGACGAGAAGCCCUUCGGCUGCAGCGAGUGUGGGAAGACCUUCUCGCACAAUUCGUCCCUCUUCAGGCACCAGCGGGUGCACACCGGGGAGAAGCCCUACGAGUGUCGCGAGUGCGGCAAGUUCUUCUCGCAGAAGUCGUACCUCACCAUCCACCACCGCAUCCACUCGGGCGAGAAGCCCUACGCGUGCAGCAAGUGCGGGAAGGUCUUCUCGCGGAUGUCCAACCUCACCGUGCACUACCGGAGCCAUUCGGGGGAGAAGCCCUACGAGUGUAACGAGUGCGGGAAGGUCUUCUCCCAGAAGUCCUACCUCACCGUGCACCACCGGACUCAUUCAGGGGAGAAACCUUACGAAUGUAGCGAAUGCGGGAAAAAAUUCCACCACAGAUCGGCCUUCAACAGCCAUCAGAGAAUCCACAGAAGAGAGACUAUGAAUGCACUCACCGUGGAGAACCUCUGACAUCUCAAAAACAAGCAAACAUUUGGCUAUAGUGACUAUUGGAAGUCUCAUAGGCAGUCAAGGACGGACCUUUCCCCCAGUCUUUAUGUCUGUGGUGCUGGGAAUUGAAUCCAGGGCCUUUUGCAUGCCGUAGAACUUCUCCCCUGAGCUGCCCCCCUGGGGUUCACAAGUUGAGCGUUUGUGCUCUUGAGUGAGAAGUCCUAACACAAAAACCAUUUUGACUUGAAUUUUCAGAGAAGAACCUGCAAAAAUUCAGCAAGACACAAACGGUGACUAUAUCAUUUAUGGGACACUAGGUAAUUUUUACAGGAGUGAUACUUUUAAAGUAUUUAAUAUUUAUUUUUGAUUUAAAUUGUAUUUACAUAUCAGGGAGACUUGCUAAGAAAUGUCGCUGAGGUGAAUGUGUAACAUAUCUUGGAAACUUAUGCUAAAAGCCAUAUUUCUGAUGUUAAAACAGGUGUCUAUAGAAAAGAUGCAAGAAGCUAUCAGUUCCGAAUAAACUUAUAAAAUGAAA